GUAAUCCGAUAAUAAUUAUUUUGAAUAAAAUUGGCCCCUGCCGUUUUCUCUUCCGUGAAAGCGAAACCCACGCCCGCUUCUCUUCUCCUCUCCUCCCACGCCGCCGGUAAGCUGCCCUCACACCUCCGGGAAGAUCGCCGCCGUUCUAGCCGUCGCCGGUGACUGCACCAUAGAUGUCGAGCUGGAGGAAGCUAUGGGUGUCCGGCCUCUCUCUUCUUUGCCGACGAUAUCAUCUUCCUCCCGAUCUCCACCUUGGUCUCCGAUCAGCAAGGGUUCUUAUGUGCUCCCUCCCUCGCCCCUUCACUUCCUGCAGUGGCCACCACCGUCCCUUCCCGGAAUCUAGGGUUUUUGGGAGGUUCUGCUUCUCGUCGGAGUCCAGUAAUGGCAGGUGCUGGAAUUGUGGUGCUGCGGCAGCCUUGGCUGAGCCAUUCCUGUCUUGCAGGGCAUGUGGAAGUGUGCAACCAGUUGACCAAUCUGUGGACUAUUUCCAGAUUUUUGGACUGGAAAAGGGAUAUGAUAUACAGGAUGACAAUCUAGAAGGCAAGUACAAAGAUUGGCAAAAGAAAUUACAUCCUGAUUUAGUUCAUUUAAAAUCUGAGAAAGAAAAGACUUUUGCUGCUAACCAGUCUGCUCGAGUGAAUGAUGCAUACCGCACAAUCAGUAAAUCACUGUCGAGGGCAGUAUACUUGAUGCGACUCGAGGGUGUACAUGUUGAUGAAGAAAAAACAGUCAUGGAUCUGGAUCUGCUUUCUGAGAUGAUGGAGAUCCGAGAAGCUGUUGAAGAGGCCAGUGAUUCUCAUGCUCUAAGGCAGUUACAGUCUCAGGUUUAUCAGAUUGAUAAAAAGAAAAUUUGAAGCUUGGUCAAACUCUUUUUUGGAAGCUUUCAAAAGGAAAGACUUUGAUGAUGCAAUAAAUUCAAUACAGAGAAUGAGAUAUUAUGAUCGGGCAAUUGAAGAGAUUAUAAAGAAGCUUUGAUUUUAGUUCUUAUGUAAGAUUAUUGUUAAUCAAGUCAGAUUAGAAGGUCAGCUUGAAGUUGUUGUUGGAAAGGUCCGCGGAUUAUGGCCUUACCAAGGUGGAGGUAAGAGUGUUUUUUCCCCCUCAUAUCAAUGAGAGUUGAUUACAAUCUCAUCUCAAUAAUGUUAUGGAGCAUACCUAUGAAGUGUUAACAAUUUGCUGUUUCAU